AUGCAGUACACCACCAUCGCAACCACCCUCCUUGCCCUGACCAGCAGCACCCUCGCCCUCCCAGCUCCCCAGAUCGCCGCCGACUCCGUCUGCAACUGCCCCAGCACCGGUACCACCCCAUCCGCACCCGCCACCUCCUCCGCCGCACCCGACAAAUCCACCGUCUUCGUCGACCCCGGCCGCGUGGGCGUCGGCCUCUCCAAGCUCGACAACUCCGAGGGCAUCACCUUCCUCUUCGACCAGGACACCCUGGCCGCUGGCAUGCAAGACACUCGCGAUGUCGUUCAGACCACUCUCUACGAAAAGGUUGAGAUCGCUUUGGGCGAUGGGUUUCCUAACAAGGAUUUGAGGUGUCAAUUGAUUGACCUCAACGGCAACACGGUGUUUGCGACUCGCGGCGCGAAUCUUGAUGAUACGUUCAGUGAUGCGGAUAAGGGGUUCUGGACAUUGGUAACGCCGACGCAGAUUGAUACGAUUGUGUGCGAUCCGGGGUUCAAGGCUAACAACCGCAACCCUCCUGCAUAA